AUGUGGGACAAAUCAACAACUCGUAUUCAUAUUCUUUUAUUUAUUGGAGGAAUCAUCUUCGGUUUAUUAAUAUCAAAAAUGUUUUACAGUUCGUGCUCGUUAUCGCAUAUAUCAACUAAUUAUCUUCAAUUAUUUAAAAAAAACGAACCAGAACAACCAGAACCAGAACAACGACAACCUCAUCAAUUAAAAAAUGGCAUAUUUAGUGCAGCUACAAAUGUAUCGUUGGUUGAAAUCUAUCGUUUUGUUCGAUCAGCUCGUUCUAGUUGCCAUGCAUGUCAUAUAGUGCUAUUAGUUAAUGAUAAUUUAAUUAAUACUACUGAUUUUCUACAAUUAACUUCUAUCUAUUCGGUUCAAUUUAUUCCAUAUCACCAAUCCGUGACUGAGUAUACCAGUAUAGCAGAGAAAAAUUUACAUAUUUAUUUCUCACGAUGGAUUGUAUUCUACCGUUAUUUAUUACAUUUAAAGUCAAUUAGAUUAAAAUUUCAAAAUUUAUUCUUAUGUGAUAUGAAAGAUACGGUAUUUCAAUCGAAUAUAUUCGAUUAUAUACCCAUUGAUGAUCAACCGAAUACUGUUCGAUUAUAUGGUAUUCUUGAAUCAAAUAUCCGGACAAUCGGAACAUGUAGAUUUAGUGGUCCAUGGGUACGAAGUUGUUUUGAUGAAAGCGAAUUUCAAAAAUUAUCAAAUAAAUCGAUUGCUUGUGCUGGAACAGUGCUAGGCAACUAUAAAGGGAUGAUGAUCUAUUUGACAUUGAUGGAAAAAUUGAUUCUAACUAAAUACACAAUUAGUGGAUGUAAAGAUCAAGGUAUACAUAAUCAUAUUAUUCAUAAUUACCUAGUACCAAAUACAUCACUUAUUCCACAUGAAACAGGAUUUGUCGGAACACUCGGUUAUUCACCAUGGGUAUAUCGAAAUAAAUUUGGUUUAGCUAUUAAUUUAAAUAAAAGUGUUUAUGCUGUUAUACAUCAGUUCAAUAGAAGUCCACAAAUGGUCGAUCAGUACAACAGAGAAUAUCAAAUAUUGUCAAAUGAUAUUUUAGAACGAAAAGCUUAG